UAAAAAAAUCACGUGAUCUCUUGCACGUGUUACUUAAAACAAAAUGGCGUCCAAGGCAUAUGUAUCAUCAAUGACUGUGGCGGAACUUACCUCAGAGUUGAAGAAAAGAGGACUCAAUUGCAGGGGAAAGAAGAAAACGCUACAAAACAGACUAGAACAAGCGCUAUAUGAAGAAGAGAAUAGUGAAACUAGCUCUGAAGGGAAUGAUGAAGCCACAAUACGAGCUGCAUCAGCAGUUAUCAAUCAACUAGCUGGUAACAACAGCACUAGCGAUGAUGGGGGAGGGGCUUUUGCAAACGACGAAGAAUCUUUAAUCGUAUCUAUAGAUCGCUCUAGAAAGUCCUCGUCAGAUCAGCCUAGCAUCACCGUAGAGCAGAGCAAUGGAGAGAGAGAAGAGGAGGAGAAGAUGGCAGAGGGAAAGGAAAAACUAAAUGAAAAUGAAAACGAACCAAAUGCACAAAAACUUAAAACUUCUUCAGUCACAGAACCACUUGAUGCUGCAAUGCCACCUCACGUCUCCCCCACUGUAGUCUCCCCUACCGCUAAAGACGCUGGAACUCCACCCACCAUUCCUUCAAUAUCGGUAGCCGCUCCUCCUACUGCCAGUCAAUCAGGAGCUGAUACUCCUCUAACGGCCACGCCUAGUAAAGCAUUCAUAGCAUCAAUAGGAUCCCCUUUAUAUGGGGGAGAUGGCAGAGAGUCGGAGAGCGAAGUAAACAGUAUAGCUGUGGAGCCUCCCUCUCCUAAUAGAGACGAAAUUAGCUUUGCAGUCGACGAGCAGUCAUUUCGUGCUGAUGAAACCGCACCUCUUUCUGGACCAGCCACGCCUACCUUGUCUCACGCCACCGAAGAAGUGGGAGUGGUCUUGUUGGAGACUAAAACAUUUGGCAAAGAUGAGAGUAUGGAGGAAGAAAUAAAAGAGAAAGAGCCAACAAUUGAGGAAGAGAAGGAAGGAGGAGGAGGAGACGAGAUUAAAGAAGAAGAAAAAGAGAAAGAAAUAUUACCAGAAGAAGAGAAUAAUGGUGGAACCGAAGCAGUACAUGAAGAGAAGGACAUUAACACUGAGAAUAAAGAAGACACCAUAAUAACUGGAGACAGAGGAGAUAUUAUUAAUACUGGGGAAACCAUUGCCACUGGAGAAGACACAAUUAAUAAUAAAGGAGAAGACACAGAGGAAACCAUGAACACUGGAGACAUUGAAGAGGCUAUUGAUACUGGAGAGACCAUUACUACUGGGGAUUUAGAGGAAAGUAAUGAAGGAGGGAAUGUGAGUGGCAAAGAAGGAGAGAAAGAAGAAGAGGGAGGUGGAAUAGGUAUGGUGAGUUUGGUAGGUGAGAAUAACCAUGAAGCUUCUGAACAAGUUGAUCUUGUAGUCUCUACUGAUCUUAACGAUGAGGAACUCUCUGACUUUCCUUCCACACAGAAAGAACCUCAAGACGCUGGAGCCUCUCUUAGUCCGGCCGAGAAAAGGGAGGGGUCAGUAGGUGUGGCCAGUAACGAUAGUAGUGAUAUGUCUAGUAGAAAAAGACAAAGCUCAGUUACUGAGGAUAAUGAAGCUGAAAAAAAGACUAUUAUUGAUAGCUCCAAAAGGAGGCGAAUAUCGACCUCACCACCAAAAAAGUUACCGGAGAGACGGAGAAGGUGGGGCUCUAGCACAAGUCAAACACCAACCACUACUCAACCACCAAUCAGCUCUGAGACACUAGAGACAAUUAUUCCAGAGGAAGUAAAAGAAGAAGUAACGGCCGAAUCAACUUCGAUAGAACUGAUGAUCACCGGAGAGGAAGGAGAGGGAAUUGAUGUUAAUAUCUCCUCACCUACUGCUCCACAGCAACCUCAAGGGGAGCCCAGUGAAGAUAUGGAGGUUGGGGUGACAGGGAGGGAGGGAGACGAUGAAAGAGGAGGAGACAAACAAGAUGAUGAAGAUAUUGUUGACCUUGGAAAGGAAGAAAGUUCACUUAUUGAUGAGUAUGAGAAGGAAUGGCAAGAGAAGGAGAGAGAGAAGGAGCUCCAGAAGAGAGAGAUAGGGCGUGCUAGGAGAGAACUAAUGGAGUCUAAGAAAGGGACGGAGAUAAAGAUCUUUGAGGAACCAAAGAAGAAAGAAAUAAUUAAGAUUCAUUCUCCGAGUCCUCCUCGCAAUCCUCCGUCUCGUAUCCUCCAUGUUGAAAACCUCAAGAGACCCUUCACUUUGCUACAGCUGAAGGAUUUCCUCCAGGAAGACGGCCCAAUGAUUGAAGGAGGUUUCUGGACUAACAAAAUAAAAUCACACUGCAUUGCAAUUUUCACAUCCACAGAAACAGCUGUUGCUGCCAGGGCCAGAAUGCAUGGGCUGAAAUGGCCCUCCAUUAACCCUCAGCACUUGAAAGUUGAUUUUCUCAGCAAUCAAGAGGUAGCUCAGGUUAGUGAGGGCUGUCUUGUCAUUGAUUCAAGGUCUCCAACACCACCUGCUCCUCCUGCUGCUGGUGUUACUCCAGCUCCUCCUCCUCCUGCUGCUGCUGGGGCUGAAAGAAGUGCUGAGAAGAAAAUCAAAGAAGCAAACAAAGUUAGAAGUGACAAAAAGCAAAUUAUUGUCACAGAGAAUAAAAAGGAAGAAGUUAAGGCUCCUCAAAAAGCAGACGAGAAACCGACUCGGAUGUUAGAUGAUCUUUUUCGUAAGACUAAGACCACACCACCUUUAUAUUGGAUGCCUUUAUCAAAAGAAGAGAUUGAUCGUAAUGAGGCUGAAAGAAAAGAGAGGGAGAUGGAAAGAGAGAAACGAAGAGAAGAGAGAAGGAAGGAGUUAGAGGAAGAGGCUGCCGAGAGAAGAGAGAAAAGAAACAGAGAGGAGAGAGACAGGAGACGGCGUCACUCGAGAUCACGAUCGCCUAGACGAUCCCGCUCUCCUCGUAGGAGCUCUAGGAGUCCAAGACGACGCUACUAGUUCAAUACUUAUGUGAAAUAAAAGCAGAAGAAACUCUGUUACAUACAUACGCUCAUACUCUCUUUAUCUCUCUCUCUCUCUCAGUCAUCUUUAUUUUUUGAAGUUUUUGUUAUUCUCCUUAAAAAUGAUAACUAGUAUAUCUCUGUAUACUUUAAAA